AUGGCGUCCUAUAACGAUACUCCAGAUAUUAUGAAUGUGAAACAAAUAAUAGAAUUCGCCUUUGGUGAUUUGCAGGGAAAUGCUGUGAAUUUUAAGCUUAUUCAGACAGUUCUAUUCCUGCUUGCCAGACAUAUGAGAUUACUAGAGAGGCGGGUUGAGGUUGAAUUAGGUGCUUUUAAUGUGACACCCACUGCCUCUACCUUGUCUGUUACUGAAGUCAAAAUACAUGCUACGCAAAAGAAGAGAAGGAAACCAAAAGACCAACUAGGGAAAACUGGUGACAGGGCUGGUAGAGCUACUGAGGUCGAUGGUGAGGCUGAAAGUGGUGGAGGUAAAAGAGGUGCUAAAGGAAAGAAAGGGGUCCGAUCUCCAGGCGUACCAUCUGAAUCAGAAAAAACAUCCUCAGAUAAAACAUCGACAGAAAAGACGUCUUCGGAUAAAGCAUCUUCCGAGAAAGCAUCAUCAGAGAAAGCAUCUUCAGAGAAAGCAUCAUCAGAGAAAGCGUCAUCAGAUAAAACAUCUACUUACAAAACAGUCGCGUCAGAUAAAACAACAACUGACAAAACAACCUCAUCUGGUAAAACUUCAGGUGAUAAAGCUUCACCUGGAAAAGCAACUACAUCGGAUAAAACUUCUACUGAUAAGACAACUACCUCCACGGACAAAACUGCUAGUGGGAAAGGAUCCUCAGAUAAAACGUCAUCAUCAUCCGGAAAAGAUAAGUCGACUUCUAAAUCAUCUGGAAACUCUGGACAGAGGGCUAUUCCUGAAGAGCAAACGCCAAGAGGUAAAUCUAAGGAUGGAACCAGUGAUGAUACUAAAAGCGGACGAAAAAAGAAAACGGAUUCUUUCGCCGAAACAAUUGGUUCCCCAACCCCAAUGGCUUCGAUUACUUCUAGCGAAACACGAUUUGAAAAGAUACUAGUUGUUGAAAGAGUUCCGAGUUCUGAAGCAGGAGCGGAUGGUCAAAGACGCACUCCUCAGAUAUCAGUGGUAACGCAAGAACAAUUUGAUAAAGUAGCAGAAGAUGUGCGAGAAAUUCAAAGGAAGCUUUUACCGGUGGGGACCGCUACGUUUCCUGAACAUGCUGAACUUAUGGAGCAACUGCGCAAAGGCGCUUCACUAACAGAUGCUAUGGCAGCAUUACAACUGUCUGCUCGCCUAGAAGCCACGGAAAAAGCAUUAGCGCAAAUGAUUUCAAUGGUCACUGACUUAGCAAGACAAACACCAGGGGUCAAAUUAGAUAGUCAAACUCAAGUUCUCUUUGAAUCACCGAUAGUUCCUUUUGAUACCGCUGCAGCUUGGCAGAAAAAGGCUGAGGCAGGAGGUGGUGGAGGCCCAGGUGGUGUUGGAGGCCCCGGGGCAGUUGGAGGUCCCGGAGGUGGCUUCGGCCCUGGAGGUGGUGGUGGUCCUGGAGUUGUCCUGAAAGUGUGGCAGGUGGUGGAAGACCUGGUAGUGGAGGACCUGGUGAUGGAGGACGAGGUGGUAAAGGUCGUGGUGGUAAAGGACGUGGUGGUAAAGAACGUGCUGGUGGAGGACCUGGUGGCAAAGGAUCUGGUGGCAAAGGAUCUGGUGGUGGAGGACCUGGUGCUGGAGGUCCUGGUGCUGGAGGACCUGGUGUUGGGGGACCUGGUGUUGGGGGACCUGGUGCUGGGGGACCUGGUGUUGGAGGUCCUGGUGGUGGAGGACCUGGUGUUGGAGGACCUGGUGGUGCUGGAGGGCCUGGUGGGGGCGGACCUGGUGUUGGAGCACCUGGUGCUGGGGGAGCGGGUGCUGGGGGAGCGGGUGCUGGGGGAGCGGGUGCUGGGGGAGCGGGUGCUGGGGGAGCGGGUGCUGGGGGAGCGGGUGCUGGGGGAGCGGGUGCUGGGGGAGCGGGUGCUGGGGGAGCGGGUGCUGGGGGAGCGGGUGCUGGGGGAGCUGGUGUUGGGGGAGCGGGUGCUGGGGGAGUGGGUGCUGGGGGAGCGGGUGCUGGGGGAACUGGUGCUUGGGGACCUGGUGGUGGAGGGCCUGGUGGUGGAGGAGGACCUUGGGCUGUUGGAGGUCCUGCAGGUGGUGGUGGUCCUGAAGGUCCUGGGGGCACUUGGAGUGGUGUGGGUUCUGGAGGUGGUGGAGGACCUGGAGGUCCUGGUGGUCCUGGAGGUCCAUGGGGUGGUGGAGUCCCAGGAAGUGAAGGGUGGGGGGGUUGGAGGUCCUGGAGGGGCUCAAGGGCCUGGAGGGGCUCAAGGUCCUGGAGGCCCUGGUGGUCCUUGGGGUGGUGAGGGUCCGGGAAGCGUUGGGGGACCUGGAGGUCCCGGAGGUCCUGGUGGUCCUUGGGUUGGUGGGGGCCCUGGAGGUGGUGGAGGACCUGGAGGCCCCGGAGGCCCUGGUGGUCCUUGGGUUGGUGGGGGCCCUGGAGGUGGUGGAGGACCUGGAGGCCCCGGAGGCCCUGGUGGUCCUUGGGUUGGUGGGGGCCCUGGAGGUGGUGGAGGACCUGGAGGUCCCGGAGGCCCUGGUGGUCCUUGGGUUGGUGGGGGCCCUGGAGGUGGUGGAGGACCUGGAGGUCCCGAAGGCCCUGGUGGUCCUUGGGAUGGUGUGGGUCCCGGUGGUCCUGAAGGUCCUGGGGGUCCAUGGGGUGGUGGAGGCUAUAUGGAUGAUGGCUCUUCUGCUAUUGGCGGCGGAACAUCAGAGGAUGGUGCAACUCCAGCUGAUGAAACUACAGGACGUGCUGGCCGUGGACAGAAAGGGGCAGGUGGUGCAAAAGGACGCAAAUCUGCUUCUAAAUCACAAGAUUCGAAGAGUACGAGGAGUAAAUCUUCGAGCACGCCCGGUCCUAAUGCUGGUGCCGAUGGUACUGGUAUUGUACAAGGACCACCCGUGUCUGCACCGGGCACAACGAUGACAGAAAAAGCCACUGACUCUAUUGAAGCUACCCCGUCUAACGUAGGAGCAGAGAGUGCCCCCGCAUACGCUAUGAAACCUGAUUACAUAACUUACGACGAUUUAGAUGCUGCGGCUCGACAAUUGCGUGAAACCUUAUUGAAUAAUUUGUCGUCGUUUACUGCAAAAACUACCGCUAACGCCGAAAGUGCUUAUAAGUUAGCAAUGAAAUUAGACAACAAGAUUGAGAGCGUUUUAGGCAAUGCUUCUCGUAUGACUGACUUGGAAAAUAUGGUGAUGCAGUACGCCGAUCAGAUAAAUUCACUGGACACCGGGCUUUCAUCUCAGAUGACCAACUACCAGGAACAAUUAACUCAAAUGCAACAUGAUUUGGAAAUAGGGUUGGAAACUAUGGCUGAAGUUCUAGGCAACUCAGGUGGAGACACUGUGGCGAUGGCUGAGCUAAAUUCACAUUUCACAAGCCUUCAAAUGGACUUCGAAAAUAUGUUGUACCGACAGCGAGACUUGAGAGAUGCCCAACAAUCCAUAGCAUGUGACCUCGAGGGGUUGUGGAAAGAAAUCGAAAUGUUGAGGGAUAUUAAAUCCGAUCGUGAAGAGGUAGCAGAUGCUCUCCGCGACAAGGCUGGCAUAGGUGAACUCAAUGGACUAGUUUCUUUGCAACAAUUUGAAGCAGUGCGGGGUGACUUCGAAAAGCGUAUUGGUGCAGCUUACGAUAAAUUCAACAAUCAAGAAAUUGUUUGGCAGAAAGCCAUCGAUGACCUUCUUAGAGAUCUGAGUGAAAAGGCAGACAUAGUUCAAGUAGAAAGUCUAAGAAGAGAAAUUAAGAGGUACCUCGACAUAAUGAAGGAGCGUAUGCAAUUUAUAAUAGAUAUUGUUGGAGAACCGAAGAGUGCGAUGCUUUCGAAGAAACUAUUUCGAAACACUGCGUGUCUAUCAUGUGGCAGCCCAGCGCACAUGGACACGGAAGCCCCAGUUACUAUUCCAGCAUUGCCAAAGUUACAUUCGGCCAGACAGCCAGCUGAGGGUGCGGAGGCUGAAUCGAAAUCUAAAGGAGGUGGCGAUCACGGAAUUUGCUAUCCUAAUUUGCCUAUACCACAUCUAAGAGACCCUAGGUCACAUGUGUGUCACCGAUACUGCGGCGGUUCUCAUACUGUGAUUACUGAAGGUCCUAGCCGAGCUCCUCCUGGCAUGGUUAUUCAACAACCCUGUAUACCUGGCAGUAUCGAAGCUGGAACUGAUGGAAAAAUGUACAAGGUGGACGAACCAAUUGAAAAGAUACCAUGUUUGCCUUGCAAUAAGCCGAAGCCCAUACCGAGCUUUAAAGAAAAGCACGAAGAGCUUAAGACUGAAGUUGUAACAACAGAGCCCGGACCUACACAAGAUGUUGAAACGAAUAAUGUGACUGAUCUUAUGCCUGAAGUCGUGGCAACAGAACCUGAACCUACACAAGAUGUUGAAACGAAUAAUGUGUAAUUUUUUAAUCUAUUUCAUAAUAAUUUUUGGUUGAAUAAAAACGUUACUUUAUA